AUGGACAAACCAAAAUUAAAGGCCACAAUACUCAUCAUAUCAGAUACUGCGUUCCAAGAUCCGUCAACAGACAGAGCUGGGGAUAUUCUCUCCGGCAUUUUCGCCAACGAAGGCAACGGUCAAUGGACUGUUGAUGACCGGAAAAUUGUUCCCGAUGAUGUUCUAACGAUCCAAAAGGCAGUGAGCUUGUCAUGUGACGGAGAAGACUAUGUCAAUCUUCUGAUUACAACCGGUGGCACUGGCUUCGCGGUUAAGGACAAUACGCCUGAAGCCAUCACACCGUUGAUACACAGACAUGCGCCCGGCCUCGUCCAUGGGAUGCUGGCAGCGUCUCUGGAGGUCACACCUUUUGCCCUCAUGUCAAGGCCUGUUGCAGGGGUUCGGAAUAAGACAUUGAUCAUCACUCUUCCGGGGUCACCAAAAGGGGCCAAAGAGAAUCUACAGGCCCUUCUAAAGCUACUGCCGCAUGCUUGCUUGCAGGCUGCUGGUGGUGACUCGCGAACUCUCCAUGCGGGUGGCAUAAAGAAGCUCGAAGAAGAUGCAGGAAUCAGUAGCAGCAAGAACCCAAAGCGUAACCAUCAUGACCAUCAUCACAGCCAUAUUCACCAGCAUAAUCACAGCCAUGGGGACCAUGCUAUGCCAAAAGCCCACACUCGUCCCGAAGAUCGGCCUGUCUCGAACGACCCCCAAGCUGGUCCUAGCAGUCGGCAUCGGGAAUCACCGUAUCCCAUGCUCUCUGUCGAGAAUGCUGUCAAAAUGAUCAUAGAGAACUCUCCUUCGCCAGAUCCUGUCAAAAUGCCGGUAAAUGGCUCUCUAGUAGGCCACAUCCUCGCGGUAGAUGUCCAAGCCAGCGAAGCGGUACCCGCGUAUCGAGCAAGCAUAGUCGAUGGCUACGCCGUCAUUGUCUCUAAAGAUGGACCAAGUACGAAAGGUGUCUUCCCUGUUUCUGCCGUCUCACAUGCCCAGCCAGGAGAGAUACCGACCCUCCACCACGGGCAAAUAGCCAGGAUAACUACGGGUGCUCCUCUUCCUCCCGGCGCUAACUCAGUGGUCAUGGUUGAAGACACUGUCAUCAAGAGUAUGACUGACGACGGUAGAGAAGAGAAGGAGAUUGAGAUACUCACAGAUCAAGUCAAGCCAGAUGAGAACAUACGAGAGAUUGGCAGUGACAUCAGAGCCGGAGAAGUUGUGCUUAGAAAGGGCGAAGAGAUCACUGCCGUGGGUGGUGAGCUAGGUCUGCUUGCAUCUGUAGGGAAAGCAGAAGUCAUGGUUUAUAAAAAGCCCGUCAUCGGCGUGCUCAGUACAGGGGACGAAAUCGUACUCCACGAUAGACAAGGUCCUCUGCAGCUUGGAGAGGUCCGAGAUUGCAAUCGUCCAACACUGAUGGCCGCUAUAAGAGGCUGGGGUUUUCAAGUGGUAGAUCUUGGUAUUGCCAAAGACAAACCUGGCUCUCUGGAAGAGCAUCUACGAGGCGCAUUCCGCGACGUGGACGUCAUUGUGACCUCCGGCGGAGUCUCUAUGGGCGAGCUGGACCUCCUCAAACCUACAAUUGAGCGGUCUCUUGGCGGUACAAUACAUUUUGGUCGUGUUUCAAUGAAGCCCGGAAAACCCACCACUUUUGCCACCGUACCUCUUAAGGAUAACUCAGGCACGCCCACCACCAAACUGAUAUUCAGCUUGCCUGGUAAUCCUGCAUCCGCACUUGUGACAUCCCACCUGUUCGUGCUGCCGUCACUGCAUUUUUCGAGUGGGAGAGAGGCUCCGCACGGGCUGCCGAGAGCGAAAGUGGUAUUGGACGAGGAGGUCAAAUGCGAUCCUAAACGUUCAGAGUACCAUAGAGUAGUAUUGACGGCCGGAACCGAUGGACUGUUACAUGCCACUAGCACUGGAGGACAGCGCAGCUCGAAAGUUACUAGUCUGAGACGAGCGAAUGGGCUCCUCUGUUUGCCCGCAAAAGAUCUAGUGAUAGGCAAGGGGGAGAUGAUCGACGCUUUGGUGAUGGGUGCACUAGGUGGUUUGUGA